GCAAUACCAAAAUCCCAAUGGGAGAAUCUUUCUUCCUCUUCAACCGUGCAAGCUGAUCCCACCUUGCCUCUCUCUCUCUCUCUCCUUCUUUUUAUGCUCUCUCUUUCUCUUUUCAUAUCUUCACUUUCUCUCUCAUUAUCAUAGAGAGACAUAAAUCUUACAUAGACAAACAAACCAACAUUUUCUCAGCUUCAUUCUGGCAUCUUCUUAUAGUGUAUAUAUAUAUUCAUGGGAUUUUCAUGUGGGGUUCACUUUGAAGAAAAGGAGAUGGAGUUUUCCUUAAUAGAUGAGAGUAUUGCAACUACACAGAGCAGUAUCAUCAUGGAAGUGUACCAUCAUCCUCAUCUGAGGGUUGAUAACACAGAUUUCUUCCCAGUGGAGCACCCUUUAGAACCACCCGAUGAAGAUCGUCCUGUGAAAUGUCCAAUGCCUGAAUCUUCAGUCAUUAGUGAUGAAAGGAUGCAUGAAAAGAGGAAAACAGAAAGCAUUAGAAAGAGAGAGGAGAUAUCUGGGGCAGGACGAAGAACAGCUGCCACGGACACGGGAGCCCCGGCUCGAGGGGUACGAAAGAGGCAUCACACUCUCACUCAUGGAUCUGGAGGAGACAUUGUGAUGACUCCAUUGAUGAGAAUGCCAAGUCUCCCUCCCCUACAAUCCCAGAAUAUCACUAUCUUUCAAGUGCUUCAGCAAUUGGACAAGUUUGAGUCUUAACAAAGAACUAAAUUAUAUGCAAAGAGUGAUGCGUUUUGAUCAUAAGCUAGGAACUUCAAAAUAGUGCAGGGCCAAAGCAUUGAUGGAUGAAGAGCCCCCUUGUUUUCAUCAUAUGUUGUUGUCGAAAAGAAUGUAUCAUUCAUGUUUUUUAUUCGUGAGACAUUAUUAUACUUUAAAGUGUUUGAAAUCAGCGAAUUAUACAAUUCUAAUUACUUGUCUUUUUAAUUUA